AUGCACGCGCGUUCUUGGCAAUUCCUGGGAUGUAGACGAUAUGUGUACGCUGGCAUCGCCGGCACCAAUGUUUAUCCAUCUAGAUGCAGCACAAUCUAUAGAGGCAAUCAAAUCAUCGACUUUAUCGGCAACACAAGACGAGGCUCACCCAUCGCUAAAUUCGAUGACUGUACGCAUGUUCGACGAGGCUACCAUACGCUCUCUAGUUCCGGUUCUACCAUAUAUGCCCUCUCUACAGCACCCGGACGAGCUGCUAUAGCCAUCAUUCGCGUCUCUGGGCCAGCCUGUCUCAGCGUCUACCAUGCUUUGUGCCCAAACAAACCUCUUCCGAGACCUCGAUACGCGGCCUUGAGAACCUUAUGCAGCCCGUUCCAUUCUACGUCUAAAGGCGAAGUGCUUGAUGCGGGCGCCUUGGUUCUCUACUUCCCUGCGCCGGAAACGGUAACGGGGGAGGACCUGCUAGAAUUCCAUGUUCACGGUGGCACAGCUACCGUCAAGGCUAUCCUCGAAGCUAUACCCAAGACUAGGAGUGUCUCACAAGACGUGAAGCAAGACAUUCGCUAUGCUGACCCUGGCGAGUUCACGAAGCGCGCGUUCUACAAUGAUAGGCUUGACCUUACUCAAGUGGAGGCUUUGGGCGAUACUUUAUCUGCGGAGACCGAGCAGCAGAGGAGACUUGCUGUAAGAGGAAGUAAAAGUAUACUUGCAGGGCGGUAUGAUGCCUGGAGGCAGAAAUUACUUUAUGCUCGAGGAGAGCUUGAGGCGUUGAUCGAUUUCUCGGAGGAUCAACAUUUCGAGGAGUCAUCAGCUACAUUAUACGCGUCGGUGGCUAAGCAAGUCAGAGAUUUGCAAGAAGAGCUACAUGUCAGCAUCGAAAACGCAUGCCGAGGCGAGCUUCUUAGGAAUGGGAUCAAUAUUGCACUGGUCGGCGCACCAAACGCGGGCAAGAGUUCUCUGCUUAAUCGCAUUGUAGGUAGGGAGGCAGCCAUCGUCAGCGACCAGGCUGGAACAACAAGAGAUAUAGUAGACGUAAAUCUUGAUAUUGGUGGAUAUCUAUGUCGCUUUGGGGAUCUUGCCGGACUCAGAGAGAAAAGCCCUGGAGAUACUGGAGGACUGAACAGCAUCGAGGAAGAAGGGAUUCGAAGAGCUAGAGAUCGGGCGCUGAAAGCUGAUGUGGUUAUCGUCUUCCUAUCUGUAGCCGCCGAUAGAUCUCCCACAAGCAGUGAUGCAAGGUUGCCUGAUGUCUCCCUCGGAGCGGGAGUCGAGGCUACACUCAACCGACUAGACCCAGCAUCUCAAAGGGUUAUCUGCGUGCUUAACAAAGCUGAUUUGUUCCGCAACAUGGCCGAUAUCAACCAGAUGUGCUUGAGAUUCUCGGAACAUCCUGCUUUGCACCAAUGGCUUGAGGCUUCAGGAGUGCCCAUCCUUGCCAUCUCCUGUAAAGAUUCUGAUACUGGUUCAGUUCAAGACUCUAAACCUUUCGGUGUUGCAAGCCUUCUGGAUCAUCUCACCAGAAUGUUUGGAUCUUUGACCGAAGCAGUUGCUCCAUCGCCGUUGGCAGGGAUUCCAAAUACUUCGGCAUGGAGUGAAGCACUGGGCGCAACCGAGCGCCAACGUGUGCUCCUACAGCAAUGUCUUUUGGACCUGGAUGAUUUCCUAGCCGUGGUAAACAGCUGUACGGAACCUGGAAAUGGUGACGUUGGUAGUAAGGAUGAUGAUAUUGACAUCGUCUUAGCAGCCGAGCACCUACGCUCCGCCGCCUCCUGCCUUGCAAAGAUUACUGGUAGGGGUGAAAUGUCCGGAGACGUUGAGGAGGUAUUGGGGGUCGUUUUUGAAAAAUUCUGUGUUGGCAAGUAG